AUGUGUCAGAUCCCGAUCUUCUGCUGGAUUUCUGCAGUGUUAUUCCAGGAAGUCUUUGGAGGAGACAAGAAAACUGAAAUUCCUCAAACUCUUACAGAAAUGAUGGCACACUUUCUUUGUGUCCAAACAAAACACAGAAAUAGAAAAUAUGACAAGGACGUUGAGACAAACAAAGAGAAGCUUCUGAAAACACAGAGGAAAUUUCUUCUGAAACUCGGCAAGCUUGCAUUUGAGCAGCUGCUGAAGAAAAAUCUUAUCUUCUAUGAGGAAGACCUGGAGGCCUGUGGCAUUGAUGUUAAAGCAGCAUCAAUCGACUCUGGAUUUUGCACCACAGUUCUUCGGGAAGAAAAAAUAAUUUUCCAGAAAAAUGUCUUCUUCUUUGUGCAUCUGACUGUGCAGGAGUUCUUUGCAGCUCUCUACAUCUAUGACUGUUUCAUUAACAAUGAUACUAAAGAUCUCAGCAUCUUCUUUGAUUUAAAGGGCAAGAAGCAUACGUUAAUUGAACUUCUUAAAAUAACAGUAGACAAAGUGCUGCAGAAGAAAAAUGGCCACCUGGACUUCUUCCUGAGAUUCCUCCUUGGCCUCACGGUUGAACCCAAUCACAGAGUCCUUCAUGGUCUGCUGACUCCAACAGAUCGAAGCCAAGAUACUGACAAGAAAAUCUUGACUCACAUCAAAUCUGUGCGAAGGAAGAACCUCUCUCCAGACAGCUGCAUCAACCUUUUCCAGACUAUGAUCGAGAUGAGAGAUCACAAAGUCAAAGAUGAGAUUCAGGAAUAUCUCGCACUGUCAGAUCAUUCAAAAACAGAGUUGACUCCCCUGCACUGCUCUGCACUGGCCUACAUGCUGCAGGCAUCAAAGAAUGAUCUGGAAGUCUUGGACUUAAAGAGUUACAACACAUCAGAGGAGGGCAGACGGAGGCUGAUACCAGCAGUGAGGAGCAGCAAAAAGGCCUUACUAGCAGACUGUAAAGUAAGUGAAGAGUGGGUUGAUCAUCUGGUCGCUGCUCUCAAAUACCCCUUCUCACCUCUACGAGAUCUGGACCUGAGCAACAAUGACCUGAAAGAUUCAGGAGUGGAGCUGCUCUCUAAAGGACUGUCGAGUCAGUGCUGCAGACUGGAAACUCUGAGGUUAUCUGGGUGUCUGGUGACAGAACAAGGCUGUGAUUAUUUGGUCAAAGCUCUGAAGUUAAACCCCUCACAUCUGAAAGAGUUGGACCUGAGUUACAACCAUCCAGGAGAAUAUGGAGAGAAGAAGCUGUCUGAGCUGAGGAAUGAUCCACAAUACCGGCUCAGCCAAGUCAUUUUUGAACAUGGUGGAAGUCACCGGAUACACCCAGGAUUGAAGAAAUAUGCCUGUGCGCUCACUUUGGACUCCAACACAGCUCACAAGAACCUGCUGCUUUCUGAAGACAAAAGGAAAGUGACCUGGGUGGAGGAGGAGCAGGCUUAUCCUGAUCAUACAGAGAGGUUUGAUUGCUGUCAGCAAGUGCUGUGUGAGCAGGGACUAAAAGAGCGCUGCUACCUGGAGAUGGAGGUGUCAGAGCCCUUAUGUGUUGGGUUAACAUACAGAAGCAUUGGCAGGAAAGGAAAUGUGGAUGACUGCAAGCUGGGACACAACAACAAGUCUUGGGGUCUGAUUUCCUCUGAUGAUGGUUGUUUUGUUCAGCACAACAAAGAGAAGGUCUGUGUAUCAUCUCAGUGUUUGCGCUGCAGUCGGGUUGGGGUGUAUCUGGAUUGGGAAGCUGGCACUUUGUCCUUUUACAGAGUUUUUUCUGGUAGCCUCAUUCACCUCCACACCUUCAAAACAACCUUCACUGAUCCCCUCUACCCUGCUGUUGAACUUCACACCUGUUCCUCUGUAUUGUUUUGUCAGCUACCGUAGAAAGAAGUUUCACUGUAGGUUAGAAAAUGAAUGCCUGCUAAACAACUUCAGGAAGGCUAGACAUCAGUUGAAGCCUCAGCACUGUGGAGAAGGCUGUAGCUCAGGUGGUAGCGCAGGUUACCGAGUAAUUAAAAGGAUGGCGGUUCAAUCUUAGUCUGCUUCAGCCUGCAUGCCAACUAUCCUGGGAUAAGAUACUAACUCCACCCUCUCCUACACUCUGCACCUGUUGGAGUGUGAAUGUUAGGUAGAAAGAGCAGAGAAAUAGUGCUUUUGUGAAUGGGUAAAUAAGACAAGUGCUUUGAGUGCUCCAAUAGAGCAGAAAUGUGCUGUAUAGGAACCAGUUCAUUAUCUUUAUCAAACAGACAAACACAAGGUCAAAAAAGUUGCCCUCUUGAAGUGAUCAGUGGAUCCUGCAGAGAGGAUAAGACAAGAAAACAUGUGCUCACUAUUCUGUUAGUAACUUUGUUUUAUAAACACAACCUUAAGUAUGAAUAUGUAUUUAAGGUUAUUUUAGUGACACAUACAGUUUUUUAAAGUGAUGAAAAAUGUUUUCAGGUUUUUUAAGAAGUGCGUGAUUUCUUGACAGAUUAAGUUAAAUAAAUAAAAAUUUGGUUCAUUUGAGGAAAAUGAACAUCCAUAGAUAAUUUUCAUUUCACUUUUAUUUUACACCCUCAACUGCUUGAUUGCAAAAUAGCUACACUUUUAGCCAACACAUCUAUAUGGAUACUGUCAAUACUGUCAUAAAAUGUCAAAAAUAAGCUCUCCUGACUCUGGAAUAGUUGUGGGGAAAGGGCGUGGAGCUCCUGUCUUCACUAAGUGGCCUAACAGUUUUUAUGCUACAUAUAAAAUAUUAUAUGUAAUGUGAGUUAUUUAUAUGACUCAUCAUAAUGAAACAUGAGUUCUAAAACCACAUAUUUGUCACACAGGACUGGGGAAAUGAUGUUAGCAUUGAGUUUGACAGUGUGGUAAACAACAGAAUAGUAGCCGAACAGCCAGGAAGCAGGCAGGUGGUUGAUAGCAGAUCUUCUUUCUUGUACUUACACAUAAGCCACAUUGUUAAUUUGCUAGUUUACCUGCAGUUUACCACAGCCCAGGUUAAGUCUACACACUGGCUGUUACCUGUUGGUGUAGAUCUCAUUUUAAACACAUUGUCUUUUGAAUGAAUGCGUUUGUAUUACAUGCUUUCUUUAGCAGACCAACAUGCUUACAGUAUCAGUGCUAAAAAGUGUUUUACAUGAAGUGUAUAUUUAUUUACAGCUAAUGGGAGUGUUGUUAGUUUGAAAUAUAACCACCCUGAGGGAAAAAGUGUUUGUCUCUUGGCUUCCAGCUCACAAUAUUUUAUAUCAAAAUUAUACUCAAAGUUUUGAAACAAGUGUGUUGUAG